GCGGCGGGAGGCGGCGGCUGAUGGUGGCGGCGCAGCGCUGACAGCCCCAUUGCUGCCGACGCGAUCGGCGUCGCCGGCCCGUGGCUGGGAAGCGCCACCUGAAGAUUCGUCGUCGGCCGAGCGGGGAUCGCUGACGCUCGGAAGGGGAAAACCCCGACGGGGGGGAAGGAGCCGAAGGGAAGGAGGGGCAGCGCCGCGCUCCGUGCCCGCCGGUGGGGAGAGGGGAUUGGUUAUCAUGGCGGAUCGGACGGCGCCCAGAUGCCGGCUCCGUCUGGAGUGGGUUUACGGGUACAGGGGCCACCAGUGCCGCAACAACCUGUACUACACGGCGGGCAAGGAGGUGGUCUACUUCGUGGCCGGAGUCGGCGUGGUUUACAACACCCGAGAGCACAGCCAGAAAUUCUUCCUCGGGCACAAUGACGAUAUUAUCAGCCUCGCAGUUCACCCAGAUAAAACUUUAGUAGCUACAGGGCAGGUUGGAAAGGACCCUUACAUUUGCAUUUGGGAUUCCUACCGCGUACAGACUGUUUCUGUUCUUAAGGAUGGGCAUACACAUGGAGUUGCCUGCUUAGCUUUUGAUUCUGAUGGCCAGCGUUUAGCUUCGGUAGGACUGGAUGCCAAAAAUACAGUGUGUAUUUGGGACUGGAAGAGAGGAAAACUACUGGCAACAGCUACAGGCCAUUCAGACAGGAUAUUUGAUAUCUCCUGGGAUCAAUAUCAACCAAACAGAAUUGUCAGCUGUGGAGUAAAACAUAUAAAGUUUUGGACACUGUGUGGAAAUGCACUGACAGCAAAAAGAGGAAUUUUUGGUAAAACAGGAGAUCUGCAAACUAUCCUUUGUUUAGCAUGUGCAAAAGAAGACAUCACAUACUCCGGUGCUUUAAAUGGAGACAUCUAUGUUUGGAAAGGGCUAAACUUAGUUCGCACAAUUCAAGGAGCACAUAGUGCUGGAAUUUUUAGUAUGUAUGCUUGUGAGGAAGGUUUUGCCACUGGAGGGAGAGAUGGUUGCAUUCGGUUAUGGGACACUGAUUUCAAACCAAUUACUAAAAUUGACCUCAGAGAGACUGAGCAAGGAUACAAAGGCUUGUCCAUCCGAAGUGUCUGUUGGAAAGCAGACAGACUUUUAGCAGGGACACAGGACAGUGAAAUAUUUGAGGUGCUAGUAAGAGAAAGAGAUAAACCCAUGCUGAUUAUGCAGGGUCAUUGUGAAGGGGAACUGUGGGCCCUGGCAGUCCAUCCAAAGAAGCCUUUAGCAGUCACAGGCAGUGAUGAUCGGUCUGUACGGCUAUGGAGUCUUGCUGACCAUGCCUUGAUAGCUCGUUGUAAUAUGGAAGAAGCAGUGCGGAGUGUGUCGUUCAGUCCUGAUGGAUCACAGUUGGCACUUGGUAUGAAAGAUGGCUCCUUCAUUGUUCUUAGAGUAAGAGACAUGACAGAGGUAGUUCAUAUUAAAGACCGAAAAGAAGUAAUCCAUGAAAUGAAAUUCUCACCCGAUGGCUCUUACCUUGCUGUGGGUUCUAAUGAUGGCCCUGUGGAUAUCUAUGCAGUUGCUCAGCGAUACAAAAAAAUAGGAGAAUGCAACAAAUCUUCUAGUUUUAUUACUCAUAUUGACUGGUCUGUGGAUAGUAAAUUCCUGCAAACCAAUGAUGGCGCAGGAGAGAGACUGUUCUACAAGAUGCCAUCUGGUAAGCAUCUAACUAACAAAGAUGAGAUCAAAGGAAUUCACUGGGCCUCGUGGACCUGUGUGAUAGGAUCUGAAGUAAAUGGUAUUUGGCCAAAGUACACAAAUGUGACAGAUGUCAACUCUGUGGAUGGUAAUUACAACAGCUCAGUGCUAGUGACCGGGGAUGAUUUUGGAUUGGUUAAGUUAUUCAGAUUUCCAUGCUUAAGGAAAGGAGCUAAAUUUAGGAAAUAUGUUGGCCAUUCAGCACAUGUAACCAAUGUUCGAUGGUCCCAUGAUUUUCAGUGGGUUUUAAGUACAGGAGGUGCUGAUCACUCUGUUUUUCAGUGGCAAUUUAUUCCAGAAGGGAUAACAAAUGGCAUCCUCGAAACAGCUCCACAAGAGGGUGGCAUUGAUUCAUACAGUGAAGAAUCAGAUUCAGAUUUAUCUGAUGUGCCAGAGUUAGAUUCUGACAUUGAGCAAGAAGCUCAAAUCAACUAUGAUCGUCAGGUUUACAAAGAAGACCUACCUCAGCUGAAACAACAAAGUAAAGAGAAAAACCAUUCUGUUCCAUUCCUUAAAAGAGAACGAGCGCCUGAGGACAGCCUAAAAUUGCAGUUUAUACACGGUUAUAGGGGCUAUGACUGUCGAAAUAACUUGUUCUACACACAGACUGGAGAAGUAGUUUAUCAUAUUGCUGCUGUAGCUGUUGUAUAUAAUAGGCAACAGCAUUCUCAAAGGUUGUAUCUCGGUCAUGAUGAUGAUAUCCUCAGCCUAAGCAUUCACCCAGUGAAAGACUAUGUUGCUACUGGGCAGGUUGGAAGAGACGCUGCUAUUCAUGUUUGGGACACACAGACACUGAAGUGUUUAUCAUUACUCAAAGGCCAGCAUCAAAGAGGAGUGUGCGCACUGGAUUUUUCAGCUGAUGGAAAAUGUUUGGCAUCUGUUGGGCUUGAUGAUAAUCAUGCCAUUGUGUUUUGGGACUGGAAAAAAGGAGAAAAGCUAGCCACAACCAGGGGUCAUAAAGAUAAAAUAUUUGUAGUAAAAUGUAAUCCGCAUCAUGUAGACAAACUAGUCACGGUUGGGAUGAAACACAUCAAAUUUUGGCAGCAAGCAGGUGGAGGCUUUACGUCAAGACGAGGAACAUUUGGAAGCAAUGGAAAAUUGGAAACUAUGAUGAGCGUUUCAUAUGGGCGAAUAGAAGACUUAGUUUUUUCUGGUGCUGCUACUGGAGACAUAUUCAUCUGGAAGGAUACUGUAUUGCUCAAGACAGUGAAAGCCCAUGAUGGACCUGUAUUUGCAAUGCAUGCAUUGGAUAAGGGCUUUGUAACUGGUGGAAAAGAUGGAAUUGUGGCACUUUGGGAUGAUAUGUUUGAAAGGUGCCUGAAGACAUACGCUAUUAAAAGAGCAGCACUAUCUUCUAGUUCCAAAGGUUUACUCUUAGAAGACAAUCCCUCUAUUCGUGCCAUCAGUUUAGGGCAUGGCCAUAUACUUGUGGGAACGAAAAAUGGAGAAAUACUUGAAAUUGAUAAAAGCGGUCCUAUGACUCUACUUGUUCAGGGACAUAUGGAAGGAGAAGUAUGGGGCUUGGCGGCUCAUCCUCUCUUGCCUGUCUGUGCAACGGUGAGUGAUGAUAAAACACUUCGAAUCUGGGAACUUUCAUCCCAGCAUCGCAUGCUGGCAGUGAGGAAACUCAAAAAAGGUGGACGUUGCUGUGCCUUUUCUCCUGAUGGGAAAGCCUUGGCUGUAGGAUUGAAUGAUGGGAGUUUUCUGGUGGUAAAUGCUGACACUGUCGAAGAUAUGGUAUCCUUUCACCACAGAAAGGAAAUGAUCUCAGAUAUAAAAUUUUCACAAGAAACAGGAAAGUACCUUGCUGUGGCUUCCCAUGAUAAUUUUGUAGAUAUUUACAAUGUACUUACCAGCAAAAGAGUGGGCAUUUGUAAAGGUGCAUCUAGCUAUAUCACACACAUUGACUGGGACUCAAGAGGAAAGUUAUUGCAAGUCAAUUCCGGCGCUAAGGAACAACUGUUCUUUGAAGCACCAAGGGGGAAAAGGCAUGUUAUAAGAAUUCCUGAGUUAGAGAAGAUUGAGUGGGACACCUGGACAUGUGUUCUUGGUCCUACUUGUGAAGGAAUUUGGCCCAUGCACAGUGAUGUCACUGUUGUAAAUGCUGCUACUCUUACAAAAGAUGGAACGUUACUAGCUACAGGAGAUGAUUUUGGUUUUGUGAAGCUUUUUUCAUAUCCAGUGAAGGGCCAACAUGCAAAGUUCAAAAAGUAUGUGGGUCACAGUGCACAGGUAACCAAUGUUCGGUGGUUACACAAUGAUUCUGUGCUGCUGACUGUAGGUGGUGCUGAUACAGCUUUGAUGAUCUGGACCAGAGAAUUUUUGGGCAUUCAGGAGAGUAAGCUGGUUGAUAGUGAAGAAUCUGACACAGAUGCAGAAGAAGAUGGAGGCUAUGAUAGUGAUGUUGCAAGAGAAAAAGCAAUUGAUUAUACCACUAAGAUCUAUGCGGUAAGCAUCCGAGAAAUGGAGGGGACAAAACCACAUCAACAGCUGAAGGAAGUUUCAGUAGAAGAGAGGCAGGGAAUUGUCAAGGGAUCAAGGCCACCAGUUAGCAGAGCUGCUCCUCAGCCUGAAAAACUGCAAAAGAACAGCAUCAACAAAAAAAGAAAACUGGUUGAGGAGCUGGCUUUAGACCAUGUUUUUGGAUACAGAGGAUUCGACUGUCGCAAUAACCUUCAUUACCUAAAUGAUGGUGCUGAUAUUAUUUUCCACACAGCUGCAGCAGGCAUAGUGCAAAAUCUUUCUACUGGAAGUCAGAGCUUCUACCUGGAGCAUACUGAUGACAUUCUCUGCUUAACUGUGAAUCAGCACCCAAAGUACAAAAACAUUGUGGCUACCAGUCAGAUCGGUGAUAUGACAGAAUUUUCAGGUACAACUCCCACAAUUCACGUAUGGGAUGCUAUGAGUAAGCAAACAAUUUCAAUGCUACGUUGCUUCCACACCAAAGGAGUCAACUAUGUUAACUUCAGUGCAACAGGCAAACUUCUGGUCUCAGUGGGCGUGGAUCCUGAACACACCAUCACAGUGUGGAGGUGGCAGGAAGGGGCUAAAGUUGCGAGCAGGGGAGGACACCUGGAGAGGAUAUUCGUCGUAGAGUUCCGCCCAGACUCAGACACUCAGUUUGUGUCUGUGGGGGUAAAACACAUGAAGUUCUGGACGUUAGCUGGCAGUGCUUUGCUGUGUAAGAAAGGAGUCAUUGGUUCCAUGGAAGAUGCCAAAAUGCAAACCAUGCUUUCUGUUGCCUUCGGAGCAAAUAACCUUACGUUUACUGGUGCCAUAAAUGGGGAUGUCUAUGUCUGGAAGGACCAUUUUCUGGUCAGACUUGUGGCAAAAGCUCACACAGGACCGGUGUUUACAAUGUACACCACUCUUCGUGAUGGACUUAUUGUUACAGGAGGCAAGGAGAGACCCACUAAGGAAGGAGGGGCUGUAAAGCUGUGGGACCAAGAGAUGAAACGGUGCCGAGCAUUUCAGCUUGAGACAGGGCAGCUCAUCGAGUGCGUGCGCUCCGUCUGCAGAGGGAAGGGAAAAAUUUUAGUGGGAACAAAAGAUGGGGAAAUCCUUGAAGUAGGAGAAAAAAAUGCUGCUUCAAACUUAUUGAUUGACUGCCACAUGGAAGGGGAAAUCUGGGGCUUAGCGACACACCCCUCAAAAGACUUAUUUAUCUCGGCCAGCAAUGAUGGAACAGCAAGAAUCUGGGACCUGUGUGACAAAAAACUCCUGAACAAAGUCAACCUGGGUCACCCUGCGAGAUGUGCUGCCUACAGUCCUGAUGGAGAGAUGGUCGCCAUCGGCAUGAAGAAUGGAGAGUUUGUUAUCUUACUUGUUAACAGCCUGAAGGUCUGGGGCAAGAAGCGAGACAGGAAAUCUGCAAUUCAGGAUAUUAGGAUCAGCCCAGAUAACAGGUUUUUGGCUGUGGGUUCCCAAGAGCACACUGUAGAUUUUUAUGAUCUCACUCAAGGUACAACCCUAAACCGAAUAGGAUACUGCAAAGAUAUUGCAAGUUUUGUCAUCCAGAUGGAUUUCUCUGCAGACAGCAGGUACAUUCAGGUAUCAACCGGUGCCUAUAAGCGUCAAGUCCAUGAGGUGCCACUAGGAAAGCAAAUAACAGAUACUGCCACGAUAGAAAAGAUCACAUGGGCCACGUGGACAAGCAUUCUUGGAGACGAAGUCAUUGGAAUUUGGCCGCGAAAUGCAGAUAAGGCAGAUGUCAAUUGUGCGUGUGUGACCCAUGCUGGCCUAAAUAUAGUCACAGGAGAUGACUUUGGGCUGGUGAAACUGUUUGAUUUCCCAUGUACAGAAAAAUUUGCCAAACACAAGCGGUAUUUUGGGCAUUCCGCACACGUUACCAACAUACGCUUUUCUCACGAUGACAAGUAUGUGAUCAGCACAGGAGGAGACGACUGCAGUGUGUUUGUGUGGCGAUGUCUCUGACAGCUCCUGCCGUGUUGCUGCCACCCCAAGCCAUGGCUCAGGACCGGACCAGCCACGAAUGCCUCUCCCCCCUCCAGCUGCUGUGAGCGCUGCCCGAUGCUGCUGGCAGAUUUCACCUUCCCAGAUUUCUUGUGACUGUACUGAGCACAAAUGUGCUCUUGUGUCUCAAAUACCGACAUCCCAGAGCAGGAAGCUGAGGUUUGGAAGGGAACGGUUUUGUAAGCAGGGUGGGCCAAAGUGAACAGGUAACUUGAGUAUGAAGUGAACAGGUAACCUGAGUGUGCUGCUUCUGCCUAAUAGUGGAUGAUUCAAACCAUGUGGGAGAAGGGAGGAUGCAGAGAGAAUGGCUGGGCCCUUUAAUUUGUGUGAUUUCCAAACUCAUGGCUCAAACAUGUCUGUUUUCAACACACCUGCUUCAAAUCCAAACUCAGUGCACUCAGUGAGGCUGCUAAUGAGGACACUGGGUUCACACUGCGCACUGCAGCUGUCCGUAAUGCCAGGAGUGAAGUACAGCUCUUAAAAUCCUCUUUUGUUUUGUUUUUUUGAUAUGUUUCUGUGGCCAAUUUUUCUAUCCAUUAAGUGCCUUUGAACAGUAUUUCUCGUCGUAUGGCCUACGAUCUUGCCUCCCACCAAUCUGCUUUCAACACAUGGUGCUAAACUUCCACACAGAGGAGGGCUCAACCACUCUCACCCCUUUCUGGAGGUGCACUUAUGUUAUCCCUGUGUGGUGCUUUGGUUUUUCAUACCUUCGAAAAACAGACUCCAAAAUGUGAGCAGAAACCCAUGCAAGUCGUACGGCCAGACUGGGGGCACAAUAUCUCCUGCCAUGUUGUUUGCAGUUGGUUCAUGCUGGCAGAUUGGCUGCAGAUAGAACUUGAAGCUUAACCCCAAAGCAGGGCCAGGAGGGGACAAACAGGAAGGUUUUAAACACAAAGAAUGAGGAAGUUGUUCCCUGAGUGUUCCUGUAGUCUCCCUAGUUGAGGGAAAAUGUGCUUCAUGUUCAAUUAAAUGCUGGCCCAGGCACUGACCAUCACAUCUAUGAAUGUAUCUGAAAGCCACCAGGAAUGGAUGCUCCCCGCUCUGCACAGGUAUGCUCAUGACCCCCAGUGCACUGCUGGCUGGGGCCCUUCAUGGCUGGCCCCUGUGCUGCUUAGUCUCAGAAAUCACAUCAUUCUGCUACCCAAGAAGUGUUCCUGCCCUUGAGAAAAGCGUCAUCUGUGCUCAGUUUGAACUCCUUUCCUUGUCGUUGCUUCUCACUCACCCUCUGCAGCAGCCUGGGCUGUGCGACCACAGGCAGGAGAGCAGCGGCUGCCGGGAGGACACGAGAGGUGCUUCCACGUGGAAGUGGAGACCAGGAGCAGAUGGUCACAAAGGACAAGCAGAACAGUUCAGCAAUUGUUAAUGAACCUUUCUGCCAAACCAGAAACCGAGGCGCAAUGGGAUUGGAGAAGGAAAGUAAUUAAGUUCAACAGCUUCUUCAAGUGGAACUUCAUUCCAGGAGGUUGCCCAAGGAGGCUGUGGGUGCCCCAUCCCUGCUGGGAUGGAUGUGACUCUGGGCAGCCUGGGCUGCUGGUGAAUUGAAACCUGAUGGUCAUUGUGGUCCUUUUCAACCCAGGCCAUUCUAUGACAUGGAAAUUGCUUUUUCCUUUUAGAAGGAUUGUUUAUAAUCUAAAGAAAUAAAGGCCAAAAGAGAACACUGACUUAGCAUUAGUGUCUGAGAUGUCAAAUAGUGCUUUAGUCCCAGUUCAGCUCAAUGGAACGCUGAGCUGUGGAACUGUCCUGCUGUGCCACUUCAGGUUCCCACACCACACGCUCAGACGGCAGCAGUUGUUAGACACCGAAUAUUGUAAUGCUGACCACUGACACAAGCAGCUCUCCCACUCCAGGAGCGGAUCUAUGUAUAUUUAACACACAAAAGUGCUUCAGCAACCUCAAAGAAUCAGCUUUUUUUUUUUAAAACUGAAUUUAUUAAUGCCUUAUAUUACUAUACAGAAGAUCAGUUUGUCAGAUACACAAUAAGAGUCCCUAUGCAGCCUUUGUUUGUUUGUUUGUUUGUUGAAUCCUUGAUAAAUCGCAUUAAUCCCGUUGGGUGGUGAUGUCAGUGAGCACCUUCUUGGCCUAUGUUGUCAUGUUUGCCUUUCACACUGAUUGUAUCCUGACCAAAAGCAGCUGUGCAGCAGCAGGAGCUAUGGACAGCAGCGUUACCAAUACCUUACAGCAAUAGCGUCUGUCAGGAAAGCACUUGCAAAUUUCUAUGUUUAAAGCGUUCGGCUUUAUCUGUAAAAUGUUCCAAGUGAUGACGUAUUAUACUGUCAAUCGAUAUAUUAGUGCAUGAAUUUAUUUUCCAAUGGUCAAAACGCCGCUCAUUUACCAUCCGUGUCUCUAAUAAAUUUGGAUACGGGUUUUCCGUGUCUCUCUGUCUAACUCACGCACUGACAUUUCACCUCCCUCCGCUUCAGUGACAGCUCAGGACUGGGUGGGGUGAUGCUCUGUGCCACAUCACAGCUGGAGCUGAGCAAACUGCUUCACCAAUGGAAGGGAAAAGGUACCAUGAAAACUCCACCUACUCACACUGCUAGAAAUCUGACAAACUAUUUCCUACCACCAUGUACAAUGGAUAUUUCAGCACGAGGAACUUAAAAGUAAACACAAAUAUAUUAAACUUACCUCAAGAAAGCAAAAUGCCGGGAUUAUUUGAAGUCUAUAAGCUUUAUUGAUACUCGGGGUGGGGUUUUUUUUUUUUGUUUGGGGUUGUUUUUUUUUUCCUUUUUGAUGUUUUUUUGUGGUGUUUUUUUUUCUUUACAUUACACAACGCAUCCCACAGACUUAGUUCAAUACAGCUUCAACUGCAAGUGUUUAUAUCCUCAUUUACCAUUUCUCGCACAACAAGGUUUUAAGUUCCCCAACAACAUUUGCAGCGUUAGAUAUUCAGUCCACACAUGUCCAGAGUUUGAGAGAAUGAUUUGCUCAACAUUAACUACUGUACGUUUGCACAACCAAGUGUAUGCUGUAAUCUUAAUAUACGCGGAGGUUCCUUUGUUCAUUACUUGGGGUGGGGUUUUUUUUGCUUCUUUUAAACAGAUACUAGUGUUGGCAGAGACAUUUUAGUUUCUCAAGCUUGUGUGCUAUGGAGC